ACUCUCCUCUAGUCCUCUCACGCGGUCGUUCUCACGUUGGCGGCUGGCCACCAUUCCCUGUCUCGUGCUCACGGCGGGCGGCAGACCGCCAGGCGCCACCGCGCCAGACCAGCUGACCAGCAGGCGGCAGUGCAGGCCAUCAGCCGUCACGGCUCUCCCUCAGGUCGGCAGUGCAGGCCAUCAGCCGCCAACCGAUCUAGUAGUGCAGACCGCCAGAGGCCAGGUGACCAGGUCGGCAGUGCAGCCGUGCAGGCGGCCAGCCCUCUCCAGGUUUGCUUGUUAAUCCAUUCUGGAUGCCACUAGAUCCUACUCCCGCGGUCACAUACACGCAUGUUAUUUUCUGGCGGGUAACGGGUUGCCCGAUAUCCGCGGAUAUCCUGCGGAUACGGAUACGGGUCGAAAAUUUUACCCGCGCGCUCUCGCGGGUACGGGUAAACACCAGAGACGCGGAUAUGCUGGCGGGCGGGUAAAUGGCUUACCCGCACUUUACCCGACCCGCUGCCAUCCCUACUCUCCAGGCGUCCAGCUACCACCACACACACGAAGAGCAGGCGAUGAAAAUGUCCGCUUCCGUUGCGGCCGCCUCCCCCACCCUCCGCUUCUCCUCCGCCACUCAUCCUCUCCACCGACCGCUCCGCCGGCGGCUCCCGUCGGUUCGAUGCUCCCUCGCCGCCGCCGCCGGCCCCGGUGUCCGGGCGCCCCCUGAGCUCGUCGACUCCAUCCUCUCCAAGGUGAAGGGAACUGACCGAGGAGUGCUGCUGCCAAAAGAUGGGCACCAGGAAGUGGCUGAGGUCGCGCUGCAGCUGGGGAAGUACUGCAUAGACGACCCCGUCAAGUCCCCGCUUAUAUUCGGAGAAUGGGAGGUUGUGUACUGCUCGGUGCCAACCUCGCCGGGAGGGCUCUACCGGACGCCCCUUGGCCGCCUGGUAUUCAAAACCGACGAGAUGGUCCAGGCGGUGGAAGCGCCUGACGUGGUCAGGAACAAGGUGUCGUUCUCCGUCUUUGGCCUAGAGGGCGCAGUGUCAUUGAAAGGUAAGCUGAAUGUGCUGGACAGUAAAUGGAUUCAGGUCGUGUUCGAAGCACCAGAACUGAAGGUCGGCUCCUUGGGGUUUCAGUACGGUGGCGAGAGCGAAGUCAAGCUGGAGAUCACCUAUGUCGAUGAGAAGAUCAGGCUAGGGAGAGGGUCCAGAGGCUCGCUUUUCGUCUUCCUUAGACGAUGAUAGAAUGGCAUGCAUGUGUGUUGAGACUUCAGACCCACAAGCACCGAUGAGGGGUGGCGCUGACGCGGUCGUUUGUACAAUACUGUGUUCAGGACUUCUAUACGUUUAUGUAAAAAUUCUGGCGUCCAGCUGGGUAAUUCUGGCGUUUCAGUACGGUGGCCUGAUGAAUGUUGUUGUGUAGUUUGUAGCAUC